AUGAACAACUUGCCACAUUUUCCAAGUUUCGAUCUUGAGACGGACAAAACAAAUUCAGGAGCACGGUGGGAAAAAUGGAUUGGUCGUUUAGAGAAUUUAUUCAAGGGAAUGUUAGUGGGCGAUGAUGACCAAAAAAGAGCUUUAUUAUUACACUACGCCGGUGAAAAGGUUUAUGAUAUUUAUGACGUUGAGAAGAAAGAGACGGAAGAAACAUAUGACGCAACAAAGAAAGUGCUUGGGGACUAUUUUUCGCCACAGAAGAACAUCCAAAUAGAGAUAUACAAUUUUCGAACAUAUAAACAGUCAGAAGAACAAUCCCUUGACGAAUAUGUGACGGAAUUACGGACACUAGCUAAAACCUGUGGGUUUACAGAUAUUGAUGGCGAAAUAUUGCAGCAAGUUAUACAACACGGGAAAUCUAACCAGUUACGUCGUAGGGCUUUACGUGAACCUGACAAAAAACUGGAUGCUAUUUUAACUAUGGGUAGGAUGCUUGAACAAAGUGACCAACACGCCAAAGUAAUGGAGAAAAAUGACCAAAACUUAGUAAGGAAAGUAUCAAAUUACGCACGAAGAGGGCGAGGUGGAACAACACGUGGGAGAACGGCUGCACGACGUGGAUUUAACUCGCAGAACCGUGGGAAUUUUCGGGAGACUGGCCAAUCGUAUCAGCGCGGGAAUUAUCGUCGCGCGUUGCCAACCAAUAAAUACAGGAAUUGUGGAUAUGAAUGUCCCCACAGAGGUACCCCUUGUCCAGCGAAAGGGAAAACCUGCAACAUGUGCUCAUCAGUUGGCCAUUUUGCGCGGUGUUGUCAGAAAUCAAAACGAGGCAAAGUAAACGAAGUAAGCCGUGAAGAGGAUUUACAGUCCAAUUCAGAGGAAGAAUUCCUCUAUAACAUAACAGUUAAAAGUGUCGCAAAGGAAAACAAAAGGAAAACGCCUCAAACAAAAGUAACAGUGAAUGAAAAGAAAAUAACAGCAACGAUUGACACAGGUUCGAGUGUUAACAUUAUAGAUGAAAGGACUUAUAAUUACAUUGGAAAACCUAAAAUUCAACGAAAAUAUUUACCAAAACUUUUGCCUUACGGAGGAGGCAAUCCGCUUCCAGUAAAAGGGUACAUGCAUUUAUCUGUUGAAAAGAAUGAGAAAAUAACCGUAGCAAAAUUUUAUCUGGUGAAAGGAAACUAUGGAGUUUUGAUCGGCUAUGAUACAUCAUGUGAAAUGGAAUUAGUCAAGAUAACACAGAACAUCUCCUUGAAAACAAAGAUUGAGGAUAAAUACCCAGGAAUUUAUAAAGGUAUUGGAAAACUAAAAAACAAAACAGUGAAAUUGCACAUCAAUCCAAAUGUGAAACCUGUAGCACAAAGAAAUAGAAGAACACCAUUUCAUUUGAGAGAUAGAGUAGAAAAAGAAAUUACUACAUUUUUAGAAAAUGAUAUUAUUGAAGAAGUUAUAAAUGAACCUACACCUUGGGUUUCACCAAUAGUCACACCUCCAAAACAAAAUGGCGAUGUUAGACUCUGUGUUGAUAUGAGAGAGGCCAAUAAAGCCAUAGAAAGGGAAAGACAUGAAAUGCCGACGAUAGAUGAACUAAUUCAUGAUAUGAAUGGAGCAAAAAUAUUCAGUAAGCUUGACCUCAAAGCCGGGUACAAUCAGCUUGUCUUACAAGAAGAAUCACGGUAUAUCACAACAUUUGCUACACACAUGGGGCUUUAUCGGUAUAAACGUUUGAAUUUUGGGACAAAUUCUGCUAGUGAGGUUUUUCAAAAGACCAUAAGUGAAGUAAUACAGGGUAUAGAGGGAUCUAAAAACAUUUCGGAUGAUAUUAUUGUAUACGCGAAAAAUCAAAGUGAUCACGAUAAAGCAUUAGAUAAAGUUUUCCGGGCUAUACACGAAAGUGGCAUGACAUUAAACAGAUCUAAAUGUGAGUUCAAUAAAAAAGAAAUCACUUUUUUGGAGUAG